AUGACGCAGCUCUUUGCCAGUCCGUCGGCAGUGACGAAUAACGAGAAGCGCGGGAAUUUCCCCGCUCUCUCCCUUCCUUCGCGGAAACACUCGAACGAAUCCGGCCAUCUUCCGACGAGAAUUAAGAACUUUUUCCGAAUCAACAGUUCGAGCAGCCAUUCCCCCUCCAACGCCUCCGGCUCCAACAGCAACGAACGGGAACGAGAGCGAGACAGUCAUGGCUCGGCCAAGAAUGAGGCCAAGAAUGAGAAGUCCACUUUCCGACAAUCGCGAUUCAUGCCAACGAUUGGUCGCAAUCGGUCAACAACCGUCGCCAGUGAGGGCAACCCUCUGGAUGAUAGCAUGUCGCCUACUGCGUCUGCCAACCCCUACUUUGCCCACCAGGGUCAGCCCGCCUUGCGACACCGUAACGACGGUUCCGUGCCCUCUUCUCCCCCAGAUACCCCCGAGUUGCAGGUGACCGGGGUCUCCGCAGUGGAGCAGGCUACCACUGCGAAUAAGGAGGAGUUGGCGCGCAAGUUGCGCCGCGUGGCUUCUGCCCCGAAUGCCCAAGGUUUAUUCACAAGUGGGCAGGGUGACCGACCGCAGUCGGCAGAAAUGGGCAAGGAGCCCCUAAUUGAACAGUCCGGAGCAGUGGGUUUGGCGAAUGCUGCCAGCGACAAGGAGCUUGCUUUGGCGGUGCCGUCAAACAUCGCUGAUAACGCCUCUUUCCGUCGCACAUACAGUUCGAACUCCAUCAAGGUUCGCAACGUGGAAGUUGGUCCUGCUAGUUUCGACAAAAUCAAGCUUAUCGGUAAGGGUGACGUUGGUAAAGUCUACCUUGUUCGCGAGAAAAAGUCUAGCCGUCUUUAUGCUAUGAAGGUUCUGAGUAAGAAGGAGAUGAUCAAGCGCAACAAGAUUAAGCGUGCAUUGGCCGAGCAAGAGAUCUUGGCCACCAGUAACCAUCCGUUCAUCGUCACGCUUUAUCACUCUUUCCAGUCAGAAGAUUACCUCUAUCUCUGUAUGGAAUACUGUAGUGGAGGCGAGUUUUUCAGAACAUUGCAAACUCGCCCUGGCAAGUGCAUCUCUGAGGAUGCAGCCCGCUUCUACGCUGCAGAGGUCACUGCUGCCUUGGAGUACCUCCACCUCAUGGGAUUCAUUUACCGUGAUUUGAAACCGGAGAACAUUCUCCUACAUCAAUCUGGACACAUCAUGCUUUCAGACUUUGAUCUUUCGAAGCAGUCCGGGCCUGGCGGUGCUCCAACAAUGAUCCCCGCGCGUAGUGGCGGCGGCAACUCCACUACAGCUUUGCCCACCAUUGACACAAAAUCCUGUAUCGCUGAUUUCCGCACAAACUCCUUUGUGGGUACGGAAGAAUAUAUCGCACCCGAGGUGAUCAAGGGAUGUGGUCACACUAGUGCCGUGGACUGGUGGACUCUUGGAAUCCUGAUCUAUGAGAUGCUCUUCGGUACCACUCCAUUCAAGGGCAAGAACCGCAAUGCGACAUUUGCAAGCAUCUUGCGCGAUGAAGUGAAUUUCCCUGAACACUCCAAUGCAACACCGACAUCAAAUCUGUGCAAGUCCUUGAUUCGCAAGCUCCUGAUCAAAGACGAAACCAAACGUCUAGGUGCUCGCGCCGGUGCUUCAGACGUCAAGACCCACCCAUUCUUCCGAACCACCCAGUGGGCACUCAUUCGUCACAUGAAGCCACCAAUGAUUCCUCACCAGGGCCGUGUAGGAACUGACACGGUCAAUUUCCGGAACGUGAAGGAGAGUGGAAGUGUCGACAUCGGCGGCACUGAUUCCACUAAGAUGAAGGGUGUCCCGAUGGACUCGGGACUCGCAACCCCCAACGGCGAGCUCAAUGAUCCCUUCGAGGAGUUCAACAGUGUGACCCUCCAUCACGAGGGCGAUCAGUAG